AUGAACAAUACACGCAACUCCUUAGCAUCGCGUUACACAAGUCAUUUGGUUGGUAUGCAAGCAGGCAAGCAUAUUACGGUGAAACAUAAAUACAACAUAGCCAUUUCAAGCUGUUUAUCGUGCACAAAUAAGCCCAAUAUGAGUCGUGCAAACGUAUGGCUCUACCUACACCGCUACUUAAAAUUGAAAAUUUUCAAGAGCGAUGGUUUAAUGGUGAUGGUGCCUGGUACUGAUGUUGCUAUGACCUGGUUCAAAUACAGACUCCCUCCUGUCAUAUGCAAUCCGUGGGGAAGUUUGUGUAGAAUCAAAUGGAAUCAGGUAAAGUUGAAACGUAAGAACUGA